AGGCCAAUCAGCUGUCAGGGCUCAUGAUAAAUCGCAAUGCAUUAUUGAUAAUAAUAAUUACUGGGACAUGCGCGUUCCGGCCGAAGGGGGGUAAAAUUUCCCAACUCUAGGAAUUGGUGGCAAGUCACCAGGGCUCUUCCCGGCGCCCCGAUGCGCGCACCAUGUCGAGGCGCAAGCAGGCGAAGCCCCAGCACAUCAACUCGGAGGAGGGCCAGGGCGAGCAGCCGCUGCAGCAGCCGAGCCCCGACCUCGCAGAAGCGCCGGCGGCGGAGGAACCGGGUGUUCCAGUGAACUCCCCAGGGAAUGGCGAUGAGGUGAUGGAGGAUGCGGCCCUGGUGAAGCGCCCCCGGCGGGAGGAGACUCACAUCUGUGAUAAGUGUUGUGCCGAGUUCUUCAGUUUCUCAGAGUUCCUGGAACACAAGAAAAGUUGCACCAAAAAUCCUCCUGUCCUCAUCAUGAAUGACAGUGAGGGGCCAGUGCCUUCAGACGACUUCCCCAGAGCUGUCCUGAGCCACCAGCCAGACAGCCCAAGCAAUAAGGACAGUCACCAAGACAACAGCUGCAACUCUGGGGACUCGAAGGAAAAGCUGGGCCCGGACUCCAUCCUGUACUUAAAGACAGAGACUGCCCUGCCACCUGCACCCCAGGACAUAAGCUAUUUACCCAAAGGCAAAGUGGCCAACACCAACGUGACUCUGCAGGCGCUCCGUGGUACCAAGGUGGCAGUGAACCAGCGGAGUGUGGAUGCCCCUGCAGCACCCGUGCCGGCUGCCCACAGCAUCCCGUGGGUCCUGGAGCAGAUCCUAUGUCUGCAGCAGCAGCAGCUCCAGCAGAUCCAACUCACAGAACAAAUCCGCGUCCAGGUGAACAUGUGGGCCGCACAUGCCCUCCACUCCGGAGUGGCCGGCGCGGACACUCUGAAGGCCUUGAGCAACCAUGUGUCUCAGCAGGUGUCCGUGUCCCAGCAGGUGUCUGCCGCUGUGGCCCUGCUCAGCCAGAAAUCCUCAAACCCGGCCCUGUCUCUAGAGGCCUUGAAACCAGCCAAACUACCUCAUGCCAGUGUCCCCUCUCCAGCCAGCUCCCUGUCCUCGGGGUUUUCCCCCUUCGCCUUGAAGCCAGAUGGGACUCGGGUUCUCCCCAACUUCAUGUCUCGCCUCCCAAGUGCCCUGCUACCUCAAAGCCCGGGCUCUGUGCUUCUUCAGAGCCCCUUCUCCACUGUGGCACUCGACCCAUCCAAGAAAGGAAAAGGGAAGCCCCCAAACGGCUCUCUGUCUGCGUCUGCGUUGGACGCCAAGCCCAAGGACGAAGCCCUCCUCGGUCGCACCAGCAUCCCGUCAACGUUUCUCCGAGCCCAGCCCACCUAUGUCAAAGUUGAAGUUCCCAGCACCUUUGUGGGACCCUCCAGCAUGUCCUCAGGCAUGGCACCUUUGCUCGCAGCACAGCCGCGCCGACAGGCCAAGCAACACUGCUGCACACGCUGUGGGAAGAACUUCUCAUCUGCCAGCGCCCUUCAGAUCCACGAGCGGACACACACAGGCGAGAAACCCUUUGUCUGCAACAUCUGUGGGAGAGCCUUCACCACUAAAGGCAACCUGAAGGUACACUACAUGACGCAUGGGGCCAACAAUAACUCUGCCCGCCGGGGCAGGAAGCUAGCCAUAGAGAACAGCAUGGCUGUGCUAGGCGCCGAGGGAAAGAGAGUGCCCGAGAUGUUCCCUAAGGAACUCCUUCCCCCGGCGGCACCGGCACCGGCACCGGCACCGGCACCAGCACCGGUGAGUGUGGACCCCACCACGUGGAACCAGUAUACCAGCAUCCUCAACGGGGGCCUGGCCAUGAAGACCAAUGAGAUCUCUGUGAUCCAGAGCGGAGGCAUCCCCACCCUGCCGGUGUCCCUGGGGGCCAGCUCUGUGGUGAGCAACGCCACACUUUCCAAGCUUGAUGGUUCUCAGUCUGCUGUGGGUGGGAACGUGGAGAAGCCCGCUGUUCCCGAUGGUGUGGCCAAGCACCAGUUUCCCCACUUUCUGGAAGAAAACAAGAUCGCAGUCAGCUAAGGGGGUGGGGGUGGGGGGCGUGCAGCUGAGGAGAGAUUUGCUUCCUUUAGUUUCCUUGACCAUCUCCUGCUUCCCUUCCUGAUACACAAGCGAUGUUUAUGAUGUUUACGCUUGUGACCACAGCCUUGGGCAGUCCUACAAUCUCAUCGUAUCUUGCUGCUUUCCAAAAAAGAAAAAAAGAAGCCAAAAAAAAGAAAAAAAGAAAAUUGAAAAAUGGGGAAAAAAAAGCCACCAAAACAGACUUAAGUUUUGCAAAGAAGCGGGUUUUGAAGAGUAGCUUUGUUCCUUGGGACAAACUGUAUGCUAGAAGCUUUGUGUGACCUCGUGGCUGUUUCCAAAGACCGUCACCUGUAUCUAAGUGAAGCAGUUGGGGCAGUUGGCCCACAGUGGAAGUGACAGCUCACCUCAAUCCAGGGGAGAGGGUGCUGUGUGCUUCCACAGCGACUAAUGCGGGUAAUGGACAUCUUUGUGGGGACCUGGCUUAUCUGCCUCCCGACCUUGUAUUCUCAUUUUCUGUUUGUGAAUGUUCUUUCAGAGAAAGGAGGAAGAAGCCUCAUAACUAAGGUGGUCCAGUUAGCCCACUCCUUGAACCUAGACCCUUUGUACGACGCCCCUCCACAAGCCCCUAGAGAGCCCUACACUUGCUCUGCUGCUUAUUUAAAAGGUUUGGAGCCCCAGGAGUGCCACCCGCUCCCCAUUUCUCCCACAAAUCACCUUCUUCCCAGACCCUGGAGUGGAUGGGGUCCAGAGCGGGCACCUCAGGUGAUUUCAUGGGGCUCUUCAGUGCCCGUUGCAUUGUGGGACUGCAGUUCCCUCCUCCGGGACCCGGCGAGUCUCAUGCAGCUCCUCGCUUUCUGUUGUUUGAAUUUCCUUGUCCCCAGUCUUGAAGACUUUUCACACCACCCGCCCUCUUGUGAAGGUUAUAAUGUUGAGACAGGCAAGUCUUGGGUGUGAGGACUUUUAAUUUAUCUACCUCAUUUAUUUUUAUUUUUGUAGCCAAAAAGUCUGUUUUGCUAUUUGGUGACCGCAAAGUAUUCCCUGGUCUUAAAACCUAAGAGUUAAUGUGAUGAGAAGGGCCAGAUGUUCAGGAUGUCCCCAUGGUUGGUGCUGUGCCAUUUUCUUUUUUUUUUUUUAAAUUACAUU